GCAGUUCCCAAAAUCUCUCUCAAAGACAAGGAAAGACGUUUUCACACACGUUCAAUCAAAAAGCAAACGUUAAUUCGACAUGAUGUCACAGUUAGGAAAAGCACAGGUGUAAACGAUUCAGGAACGAUGGCUGAAUUCCAUUUAGCUAAACCAGUGUCAGGGUCUUGAUAUUGGACAUGUCACUCAGUCAUGUCAUGUGGUUUUGAUGUAACUGUAAGUAUGGGAAAUGACAACGGGUCGGCAUUUUGGCUAAGGAGGAGGAAGUGUGACUUGGCAAACCGCUUCAGAACAACAGAGCAUCAACAUCAUUUUAGUGCGAUCCGGACAGUGAUGGAUUAUUUCUUUGGAGGUCCCCUGGGGGUAAUACUCGUCCUCUUCACGCUGCCUCACCUCACCUACAACAUGUCCUGUCCCAGGAUCUGCGUCUGUGACAGUCAAGGUGCCGUCAAGUGUGAUGGCUACACCAUCACAGACACUCCAGCGCUACCUAUUCACACAUACCGGCUGGAACUCAACUGCACCAGCAUAAACGUCAUAAAAGAGCGCAGCCUGGCAGAACAGGACCUCUUGUUGCGCUUCAGUUUGACUCACAGCCAUCUACACACGAUCCAUCCCAAGGCCUUCCACUUUGCUCCGCAGCUCCUGUCUGUCAGGCUGUCGUACAACAAUCUCUCCACUUUUCCUGCUCAAGUGUUCAGUCCACUGACCGCUCUGGAACAGCUGUAUUUAGAUGGAAACCAGUUGGAGACCAUUGCUCCUGAAUCAAUGAGCAAACUUGUUGCGUUGCAGAAUCUUGACUUGAGCCGCAACAAACUGAUAAAUCUUGCUUCAGAUGUUUUCCAAAAACUGACCAACCUUACCCUACUUAACAUUGGCAGGAACAACAUAAAAAGGCUUCCAUCUAGAAUCUUUAAAUCCCUGACCAAUCUUCGCCAACUCUUUAUCUAUCACAACAUGCUUGAGGUGCUACAAGCGGAGCUGUUUGAUGAACUUAUCAGCCUCAAGGAGCUAAAACUCCACUACAACCAGAUUGCCAGUCUUUCACCACGGGUGUUCUGGUCACUGUGGAACCUGAGGACUCUCACUUUGUCCUCCAAUCGACUUCAGAUUAUCCCAGAAAAAAGCUUUUAUAACAUGCCCAAGCUGAGCAAGCUUACUAUCUACAACAACCCACUGUUAUCUCUACCGAACCAGCUGAUGGGCCACAUGCCUGAGAUGAGAGAAUUUUAUCUGUUUAAUACUAAUCUCACUACAGUUCCUGAAAAUGUAUUCAGCAACAUGUCUGGUCUGCUGAACCUUAACUUACAUUUAAAUGAAAAAUUGAGGGAAUUACCUUCAGACCUUUUUUGUUGUCUUCCCCUCCUUCAGAAGCUCUCGCUGAAAUCCAAUAAUCUCCAUAGCCUACAUCCUCAGCUGUUCUCCAGACUAACCUCUCUCAACUUACUGUUUCUGAAUGACAAUAUGUUGCAAGAUCUACCGGAAAACAUUUUCCAGGGCCUUGCACGACUUUUGGCCAUUAAUUUGAAGAAUAACCUUCUCAUGUAUCUUCCAGGAGAUCUUUUUUUGUCAAAUGCAGUUUUGCAAUAUCUCACUCUGAGUGGCAACCCGUGGGAUUGCACUUGUAGAAUCAGAGAUCUUGCAAGAUGGAUAAGACAAAAUAAACAUGUGGUCACUGAUGAGGCGGAUGUGAUGUGUCGCAGUCCAGCGUAUGACAUGCUCCGUACGCUCGGCUCUCUGCGUGAAGAGGAGUUCAGGUUUUGUGAUGCUUUUGGACACACAAGCUACGUCACUUCACACAGUGCUCUGACUGAUCCAACGCCAUCAUUUCGCACCUUUACACCCAGUACACAAAGAUCACCUUCAACAACCACAGCACCUAAAACAACGUCCAAUACCAUAGCCACUCAACAAGUCACAACCCCUGCAACCACCAAACCUGCAAUAUCAACCAUCUCAGAGGGCAUGAUGCUCUCAACACCUCUCGACACUGCAACCACCAAACCUGCAAUAUCAACCAUCUCGGAUGGCAUGAUGCUCUCAACACCUCUCGACACUGAAACCACCACUCUGCCCGAUGACAACGUUCUCUUUAUUACAGAGUCUCAGUUGACUUAUAACAUGGCACAUGUGUUCAAUGACUUACUGGUGAUAGGGCAGGGGCCUGAGUUUGUUCACCACAACAUUCACAGGGGCUGGGUGUAUUUGUGGUUUCUGCCCUCAGAUACAGCCUGGGCUGGGUUCCUCAUGUUUUGUCAUGUCCUUCUGGUGACCACAGGCUUGUUCCUCAUUCUAGCUUCCAUGUAUGGAAUGUAUUGCCUCAACAAAACUAUGGAUAAGCUGAUGGCUGAGCAUGAGACCACAAGAUAAACUGUCCUUUUCCACAAGCUGAAGGUCAUAAAAGAUGACUAUUCUCUCCAUUGUUUUUUUCUGAAGCUGAAUUAGUUGUUUCUGCAAGUACUAUUUUAGAAUGGCCAGAUGUAUGUAUUUAAAAUUAAAUAUAUGUUUUAAAUAUAAAAAAAUAUCUGUUUCAUUUAAACCACUUCCAAUUGAGUUCACGUGAUGCUGAUUAAAUCAGUUCCACAUAACUCUUCAUUUUUCUCAGUGUCGCAGUGUUUCGAUCUUGUGUUGCUCAGCGACAUGCUGGUGCUUCACAUAGUAAAAUGAUUCGUUUUAUGUCAAAACAGAUGGAGGCAACAGCAACAUUGGCCUAAUAAAGUCAGACAGCUGCGUAUGACUAAAGAAAGGCGCCCUUAAAAAGCUUUGAAAGUCAAUAAAACUCAGUCAUUAGUUAGAUAGCGUUGCUUGACAGAGCCUGUUUUAAGGUGACGGAUGUAGCACACAAAUAAUGCUAUGUCGUUUCUGCUCACCAAAGCCAAACAAAAACAUCAACAACAUAAAUUAGCUACUGUUACACACGGCAGCUUUAAAUUAUUGUAUGAAGGACUUUUAUCAAAGCAAUCGUGUGCAAAUAUGUACAAUAAUUACACAUAUUUUUCCUCGCAUAAUGCACAAGAUUUGUUGACCACAGUUAUUCCAGAUCAUGUGCUUUUUGUUCAAUGUUUUUUGCCUUUAACAUCUUACUUUUAUUUUUGUGCUGAUCCAUCAGAAAUGAUGAGUUAUACUGAAAGUACUGAAAGCUUUUAAAUGAAGAUAUGAAAUAUAAAUAUAAUAUAAAUGAUAAAUUAUCCUCCUGUCCUCCUUGUCAUAAGACUGCUAUCAGGGUAGGUAGAGCGGAAUGUCAAGUAUCAUAAACAAAUCCAAGGCAACAAUAAUACAGCUCACAGGUUUCUUUCUUUUUUCCUUUCUUUCUUUCUUUCUUAACCCCAUCACGUUACAUCAUUACUGCAAAAUCAGUUUAAAUAUGACCACAGUCAUACGAUUCAUAGCAGUAGAGUCAGUAUCACAGGAUUAUACAAUCAGGUGUUCUCAUGUUAAUCCUAGUUGCUUGUUUUAUGUUUCUAUUCAAAUACAAAGCACUCAAAGAAAUGUUUCUCCUACAUAGGCUGGUCCUUCACUGCACUGUUUUUUUUAAAACCCAAUCCUGUUUUAACACAGAUAUAUUUUUGAACUUGAGCUAGUUGUAUUUGAAUACAUCCUCCUCUCUUAUCUUGGAUUCUUAUCUGGAUUUCUUCAUUUACUGGAAAAAAAAAAACCUAACCCUAACCCACGAUGAAAAUGUGGUUUCCCCUAAAAUACAACCAUGUGUUUUCCAUCAGUGAGUCAUAUCCUAUACUGGGAAGAUCCUACCAACAUCAUAAUAGCUGUCAAAAGACAGUCAGACAGUCAGUCAUCAUCCAUGUCAGAGGUUAAAUAACGCUUUCUUUUGUGAAAUUUCACAAGCCUCCACAAACCCACAACAAUGUGCAUGCAAUUAUAACUGCUCAUUACCCAAGAACACUCAUGGCAUAGCAUAAAAGUGCCUCUGUAAUUUUAUCCCUAAAUUAUCCUCAGACCCCACAAGACCUAUAGAAGAGUAUCACUUUAGCUCAUACAACUAUGCUUACAUUUACAGCCACUUUUUUUAAAGCUAAAAGCUUUAAAGGUUUUUAAAGCUUUUAUAAACUUUCACAGACUGACUAUGGAUGCCAUGAAUUCCAUGAGAUUGAAGUUUUCAACAAACAGCAACAAUAGAGGAUGAGGUGGUGAACGGAGGCCAAGUUCAUUGCUAUGACAACAAGUGAUUAUGAUUUUCCAGCACACUGAGCUCACACAACAGUGGGGACACGGUAACCUACUCAUUCACUCACCCCCUCCUUAUCUCUCUUACACACACUCACACACACUAGAUCACUUUUGGGAACUUACAUUC